AUGAACGUGCCUCAAUUCUCUUCUCCAUUCUUCUCUCCUUGUUACACUACCUCAACAUAUCCAUUGAAUGUAGACUCAAAACAAUCUUCAUGUAAUUUCUUUUCAGUACCAACCCAAGUUUGCUCUACUCUCCAAACUAAUUGUCUGUGUCAUCAAGAACAAGAAACGUUUAGUGGUUCUAUGAACCAAAUUAGUGAAACUCCAAUGGAAGAAGAUUACUCUUUUAAUGAUGAAGUUUUUGAUUUGGAAGAUUGUGAUGAAUUUACUGAAGACACUUCAGACUCAGUAGAUGCGCUUGCUUCUCAAUUACUUGAAACAAUUGAAAAUAUUAAAAGACAGUCUCAAGAAACAAAUAAAAUACUCCAAAACAUUAUGAACAUGAAUAAACCAAAAUAA